GUGAGGUUACUCAUGGGGAGAAAUUAUCCAAGCCGUAAAGAAGGACUGUGAAGACUUAAUAAAAGUAAACAAGAGAAAGACAGAAAUAUGAAUAAACACUAUACUUAGUUCUGAACCUCAGAAGAUAUCUUAAGGUGAAGCUGCAAGUUGUGCUAAGUUAGCUCAAAAUUUUUAGUAAAUCUAAGGAAGCUCCAAUUCUGUCAGUGGCAUGAGUUGACCACGACCUUCACUCUUCCUAGGUGUGACACAAACCCAAAUUCUGCAGUUUCCCAGCUCUGCCUCAAUUCUGCUUGGGUGCCUCAGUUCUCCAUCCCGAUAAAGCCUUCUACUGCAUCCUAAAUGAAACAGCGCAUUUUAUCAGCCUAAACUGGGAUUUAAAAUGUGUGUGUGGGUGGUUGAAAAGCACACAGAGGUGAAUUGACAACCACUUUUCCCUCUUCUGCAACACAACAGAGCAGACGGGGCAAAGAAGUGGUGAAUUUGGGGGUGGUUUUCUGAACUAUAGGUGGAAGACUUCCAUUUUAGGGUCAUCUUCUCAACUGCAGUAACUGGGAUACUACAAAUAUUUAACACAUUUGGCAACCUGACCACCAAUGGUCUUGACUGUAAAAUGCUAACAGCAACACCCACUUCCCCAACUGUGCUACAAAUACAGGGGAGGGGUCUGUGGAUACAAGUAUUUUUAAUGCAGAGUACUAUUUUUACCUUCCUAGUCAAAGACAAACAGCUGCAUACUGAAAAAAUUUAAAAAAAAAAAAAAAAAAAAAAAAAGACGACGAAUUGGUUUAAGCAUAAAUACACCAGCCAAGAAAUGUCUCGCCAGGAAAUCACCAAGGCAUUUAGCCUAUUGCUGACAGCUCAUCCAAGCGGCAGGGCAAUAGCCCAACACACCCUGCUCUGCUUAGAAAAAAAAAAAAAAGAAAAAAUAAAUUUGCAGUCUUAAGAACAAACUGGGGGGUUUUAUUUUUUUUUCUUUGCAUAACUAUAUGGAAUUUCUAGUGUUCUUCUAUAAUAUUAACAAUUUUGUGCACCAACUGAUGCACAAAAAAAAUCUUGUGGUGGUUGUUGUUCCUAUUGUUAUUUCUGCAGCCUGUAGUUUAAGAAAAAAAAAAAAGUUUAUUUUAUGGUGUUAACUCCAAGGCUUCCACAGGCCUAAGCGGCAGCGGCAGGGCUCUGCAAACCCGCAUGCGGUACCGGGGCGGUGUCUGCCCACGGGAACGCGUUCGCUCGGCCCCGGGUGUGUUUGGGGCUUCUAAAGCGCAUCCCGCGGUUACAGCGCUGCAGAGGACGGAAAGCCCAGUGAGAGCCCAGCACCGUCCCUGGCACCGCUGUCCCGGACGGGACGGGCCCUCGGGGACAGCGCGGCGCGACGGCCACGCGUGGCUCCCACCGUGGCACUGGCAAGGAGCUGCCGGGCGAGGCGGGUCCCGGCCCCUGCGCCCGCCUCGAAGGCAGCAAUGGCUGCGCCACCGAGCCCUCUCCCCGGCGCCGCUCCCCGGGCGCCGCGGCCCCGCCCCGUUGCGAAGGAAGCGGCGUCGCCGGUUGCCACGAGGCGGGCGGGACGCGCAGAGCGGGCCCGGCGCUGGCGGCGGAGCGGGCGCGGCGCUGACCCGGGCGCUGGAUGGAGCCCGGCGGGAAGGCCGGCGGGGCGGCGCGGGGGCAGCUCCUCGCCGGGGCCGCGCAGGACGGCGGGGGAGGGCGGCGGAGCGUCCCUGUGGGUAGAGAUUUAAUAUUUCAUUUUGAACAAGAUUUACAAGAAGAACGUCGAGCAUUGAAAGAGGAUCAAAAAAUACAUCGGAGCAAGGCAAUGAAAUACUUGAUGGAGACAAACAGAAGAAGAAGAGCCUUCGAAGAACGACAGAAGGAAGAAGAAGCAAAAGAACAAAGGUUUAGAGAACAAGUUCUGCAGCAGAGGAGAAUCAAAUUUCAGGAGGCAACUGCUAAAGUCCGAUGUGCUCAUCAGCCGUUUUCUCAGCACAAGCAAACAGCUCUGAUCCCUCCUGUGCAGACAAAAGCAGCUUUUCAGUUAGAAGAAGCUCUUGAACAAAUUAAAGGAUCAGUUUUAACACCAGGACUGUGCUUGCCAAACAUAAACAAAGUCAACUUCAGAACCACAGAUGACACUUCUUCCUCAUCAGCAUGUAGAAGUGAUUCUUCCCAUCAGAAGCAGAAUUCAGCAAUGUUGGGCUGUGAUGAAACAGUACAGGAGAGCAAUAGAACAGCCAUGGAUACUCACCAACUUCUCUUCCAGAAAAAUCUGAAAGAAAUGCAACAGCUCCUUGAAAAACAGCACCUCAACAAUUUGGAGAAUUUUCAUCAAGAAGUCAAAGAAAGAGAUGAUUCAGAAAGCCUGAUGAGCCUUGACAGUCUUGACGCUGGAGAACAAAAUGAAAAUUGCACAACACAGAGUGAAUCAUCUUUUACCACACAGUAUGACUGUACCCUGUAUGAUCCAGAAAAAUGCCAGACUAGGAAUAAUGAUUUACUUCACACAGAUCAAAAUACUUCUAAAAAUGCACAUCUAAAUAAUUGUCUGAGAAAUGUGGAUUUGCUACACUACCGCAACAUACUUAUUCAUGAUAUUUUAGCUAAACUUAAUGUUCUAACUCCUGCUGAACAUGUAAACACUUCAGAAGUGGAAUCACCUGCUUCUCACAGAUCUGGAAAACAACCUACAGAAUUCUCUGCCUCUGGUAAGCAAAAGAGCUCUGUAAGUAAUGCAUUUAGUUUUCUGCAAAAUAUUAAAGACAGAAGCAAGCCAUCUUCUGGAACAGCUAGCACAUUUGCUGCUGGUCAUCCUGUUUUCAAUCCUAGCAGAGCCCGGGACAGCCCUGAUUCUAUUCCAGGAGAAAGAAUUCAGCAUCUGAUGCAAGACCAGAGUUUUAAAAUGACCCCACAGGAGAGAACUAAAUCUAUGCAAGCAUCUAGUCAACCUAUUGCAACAUCUGUAAUCUUAUUUCCUAAUCAGGGAUGUUCCACUGGCAUUCCCAGCACAGCUGAUGUAUUACCGAAGGACAAAAACAUCAGUACAGGCUUUUUAAAAAAUACCAUAGAAAAAAUGAACGAAAAAAAAGAAGAAAAUAUUAAAUGUAUGAAUGAUAUUAUUUCAGAAACAUCUUUAUUUCAGAACAUACCAAAUGCCUCAGUUCUGUUGAAAGUUAAGCAACAGAAUAAUAAAGGAGGAAAGGGAAAUAGAAUUGAAAAUAUGUCACGGUUACCUGAUACAGAGUUCAAUUCUGAUGCUCUUGCACAGGACAAAAUCCUGAAAAAUAAUAUUCUUGAAAGAAAAAGAGCCAAGUUAUUCAGAAGUAUCUUAAAGAAGGAUUCUAAAUAUGAACACAGUGAUUUCAAAGCUGUGGUUACGGACCAUAGGAUCAGUUUUGGAACUCAACUCAUGUCAUCUAUCAGAGACAGUUUAGAACUGGCAAAAAUAAAAAAGAAAAGUGUAGAAAAUGAAAACUUCAACAGGAAGCUAAAAUGGUGUGAUCAAAUUGACCAGAUAAUAAUAGAAAAUAAUGAAAAAUGUUAUGAAAAAAACAUCAGUGAAAUAUCUUCUUCACAGCUGCAAUGUGUUCAAACUGCAAAUAAUGCUCCUAAGAAUAAUUUAAGUAUUGUUGCUCAGCCUUCAAAACCCAUGUUCAUAAAAAAUCAUCAGGAAAAUUCUCAUGUAUCAAAACCAAAUGUUAAUUACCCAUCUCAGAAUAUAUUUACAUCUACAGGAUCUUUUUCUGCUCAGAAAGCUUGGAUGGUACCAAAAGAUGAAACAAGUAAACCCCCAGUAUGUAGCAAUAAUGCUAAAAUUAAAGAAGGUAGUCAACUCAAAAAUAAGGUAAAAAUAACCAGAAGAGCAACAUCUGUAAGAGUCCAGUCACAUUUUAUGCCCAAGAAGGAAAGAGGCACUAUGAUCCAACUGCAGUCAGCCACUGAAGCCAGCAAAACUCAAAAAGUUCCAGGGAAAUAUCUUGCACCUCACCCACCUUCCACACCUCUGCUGGGAAACAGAAGUGUUGAAAACACAGCCAGCCCUGGGUGUCAGUCACUGCUGCCUGCCAGCCUGCAAGCUACCCGUGAUUUCAAUGACAGGCAUGUUGUGCUAGCAGGUCAGGUUUUAAAUAGGAACAGUGCAGAAAACAGUGAAAAUACUGCUGGUUGUGCUGGCUUGGCCACUGCCAUCUCUACACCUGACUGCAGCAUGGCCAAAUACAAACCUUGGGCAAAAAGUACAUGUUCUGUAAAUAAUGCUGAGGCAAGCGCCUGUCAAGAUCUUUCAGUAACUUGCUCUGAGAGAAAACCUGUUAACACAGAAAAUGGAUUACAUCUCCAUCAUAUCCCAGCAGCUGGAAAAACAAGCACCUUCUGGCACAGAGCACAUUCUAGCCAAGCUCCAAAAGACUCUGCUACUGGUGGUAUUCCUGUUACAAGACAAAAUCAGGUUUUUGACAACUAUGAAAAUAAACACCGAGCUUUUUUAGAAUGCAGAAGACAAAGUGUCAUCUCUAAAAUGUGGAAGCCUGCUCAUCAUGCACAGAAUUCAUUAGGUGCUGUCCAGCUGAGACCUAUUCAGUCUGCAUUUGAUCCAGUACAAAAGAUGAAAAACAUCUCUAAAUCUGAGGAAGUUUCAGAAAGCACUGCUCAGUUUCUAGUGGCAGAAAAACUGGCAAGUACACCUAUUACAGAGAAUGAAAUCCUGGCAGUCAUGGAUGGUAUGGAGCCAGCCAGCCAACCCUCACUGCUUAAAAGGGCUCCAUGUCCAGGCAGGAUUGGUCUUUCCGUAGAAGAACAGAAGAUUUUCCAGUCUCUGGAUUGUCUGAAUCAAAAGCUACAAAAUGUUCAAGCAGCCAUUACCAGAAACCCAUUUGCUUCACGUGUUUUGCAGAUAAGCAACCUGUAAGUAUUCAGCAAUGCAUGUCCUCCUGUUGGGUGAGCCCUGCAAUAGCCUCACAGCAGUACCAGAGUACCUCCAUCUGGCAACCCACUGCAACUGUACAGGAAACAUUGACAUCAUCUGCUACAGGAUCUUGUGGCUUUAUGUACUUUAUAUGCAGUGUGUAUACUGUUUGACAAUACAAAAUUAGCAACAAAAUUAAGAAGAAAGCCAAACUCAAAUAAUGAAUGUCAAUUGACUGGUAAGCAUUUUUGGGAUAACUAAGUCUGUUUUAUUCUGCACUUUAUUGUGAAAUCAAUUUUUAAAAACCCAUCUGAAUUGUUAUUCCAGUUCUGGAUUAAAGGUCUUUUGUUAACCAGCAUGAUACCUAGAUCUGUGAAGUUAGUUAAUUGCUAACAAAUGGUGACAUUUUAACUUCUUCUUUUUCACUUCCUCUGCUGUUUCGACAAAAAAUAGAUAAGCAUUCACAGAGUCAUAAAAUCACAGAAUCAUUUCAGUUGGAAGAUCAUUGAGUUCAACCUGACACCGCCGUGUUUAACACUAAACCAAGUAUCCAAGUGCUGCAUCCACAUCUCUUUUUUAAAAAAAACUAGCAGAAUCAGUCAACAAAUUUAGGCAGUAGUUACCUGCAAGAAGCAAUAAAAACAACUUACAAAAUCUCUUGAUUUAUAACUCUGUAUUAGAUGCCUGAUUUUCUGUUUAUACCUACACAGUAACAAAUGUAGGGUUUGUCUGGGGGUUAAGCACGCCCGUACUUCUGCCAGAGCUGUGCCUCAUCCCCACACAGUGUUACUGCUAAUCUUUGAAACAAAGUGUAUGGAAGCUUAGGAGAGCCUUAUUUCAGGAGCGGACUCAGUGCUGUAACAGUGCAACCACGGGAACAUGUCUUCCUAUUUAGAGACUGGUAUUCUAUAAAUGGAAUGCAUCUUCCCAAAAGAAGCUCUUAAAUGACCAUUUGGCAAAAGUAUUUUAAAAACUUUGUUGUUCCCCAUCAAACCAAGAUCACCAUAUCAUUAUCUUUAAAAAGUGCUGCCACUGCUUAGGAAGGAACCAGCCUGUAAGAUAAAAAGAGGAAAAUGUGCUCAUUAUAACAAUGAACAGUUUAUCAGGGUUUAGAGCUACCUGCUGGUGCCUUGUGUCAACCAAGACUACGGUGAACUACAUAGUGCAAAUAGCAGCUUAAAUUUUACGAAGAAGGUUUAGGGAAAAACUGAGUUUUUUUCAAGGAAAUAUUUUGAAGGAUGGAAUAAUAAAUAAUAAAUAACCUUUCUCCUCUAGCUAGGCAUUACAACAUCUUCAGAGGGAAAAAUCUUGCUUAAAGGGGCUGACUUCAGUCUGGAGCCUGUUAAGAUAAACUGUAUUUAAACAUCAAAAUUGCAGAAACUUGAUUUCUUAUGACCACUGUUGCCAUCUGUUCUGACAGUUCUAACAGAAAAGGGAAACUAUCACUGAAGUUCACAAGCCUAAAUGAUUUUGAUGUGCGUCAGUAUUUACUUGGUUUUUGGUGCUCAGAUUAAUGUAGAAUUCCCAGCAAAAGCAUGAAACAAACAAGGAGCAUUUUGAGUUGGAACUCAAAAUUGGCUUGCCCUGAAAUACUGAGCCCUUAUAUCUCUGUUUGUCAGCAGUUCCCUGUGACAUUCCAGUAUGGUGAGGAUUUCAUAUUUAAAUAGCAAGGGAAGGUUUCCCUACAGAGAUUAAGAGAGGGAAAAGCAAAUAAUCCAAAUACCAGAGACCAUGGUAGUGACUAGUCAGCAAGCCAGAGCAGCAGCUUAACCAGGUUUCUACUCCUGUUAAUCAGUUUAGGUGACAAAAGUAAAGGCCAUGAGUCAACUUCCUCAAUUACAUGAAGACAUUCUUUCAAAAGCAGGUACCUGCAUUUACAUUUCCAGAAAACAAAUCAAAUUAGUUUUUUGAUUUAGAGUUACAGGCUUCAAUUCAAAGGUAAUAACCUUUUUUUGAUGUCACUUUGGCUCUUAUGACAAUAGUGAAGUAUAAUUUUUGUUUAGGUGCCUAAACUGGAUGACCCUUGGUCAUCAGGAAUGUGCACUGAGGGAGCGGGCCCAGGGGCAGCAGCUGGAUUCUGCGCACUUGUGAAAAGCCAAAGCAGAGCCUCAUGAGGGUGUCAUUGACAAGCAGCCUCCCGAGCACAGACAUGGCCAGAAGGCCAGGCUUAGGAGAAGCAGGCUGAUGUUAACACAACCUUUAUUAUGCCCUAUCAGGGCUUUACAGGGUGUGAAAGCACCCCUACCAAGGUCCACCUUUUCCUCCAUCAUCUGUGUGGCAGCCUCCAAUGCUGCCAGGAAGAAAAUGAUCUACCUCUGUAUCUGUUAGGGUGCCACAGCCAAUAGCCACAUCCAGUCCAGCACCUGCAGCUAGGCUUUAGGUGGCAGGAGCCAAUAUACCUGAGGCCUGCCAUUGGCCCUGGAGGCAGAUGACGGGCAUGACAGUGCUGUGGAUGUGAGGGAUGGGUGUAGCUAGAGACACAUGGGGACUGUGACAAGUCCUCAGUGCUGACAGGGACAAGCAGCAAGACACGGACUGGCUGGGCUGCAGCUGGAGCUGCCACAGUGGAUUGGGAGUUCUGAACAAGACUCUGGUUCACCUUUAUCUUCUGAAACUUUCUUCCAGCCAGGGUCAUUAGACAGCAGGGUCCUUGCCUAUGCUCAUUGGUAAUGGGUGGGAAGAGGGGGACUGGGAGAAGUCAGAGACCCUCCUCCUGCAGCCACUGCACCUGGUCAAUUUGCUUUCAUGGGGAAAAAAAGUAUUUUCUUUACCUAACAGAUUCACAGGCUAAAAGCAGCCCUCUGAAGGGGGAAGACCUUUGCAGAACCACUACUGACACCUGCAAAUGAUCUUUCAAGCAUUCUGAACAAUCUCUCUUGCAGCCAAAACAGGCACAACCAAACCCUUAUGACAGUGUUCGGGGACAGCCAAGGUGUGUGUAAGAUUGCAGCAGUGAAAACUACUGUGCUAUACAACCACAGGAGGCUGCAUAUACAACUAUACAACUGCUAGGAGGCUGCAUCAAAUUAUUCAAGACCAAAGGGCUACCUCAAAAUAUGCGUUUGCCUGUGUUAGGCUAGUAUAUAGUACAGAAGUCUUGAGUUGUGUGGCAGCAUCUUUGGUAAAGCCCCCGCUGAGAGGAGAACCUGACUGACACUGUCAAAUUCUGCAGACACAACUGGAAUGACAAUGCUCAGUACAAAAGAAACCAGAAACACAUGGGCAGAAUGCCAUCUAAAACAUGGCUGGGAGUGUGUGGGAAUGACCAGACUUACUUCUCACCAAAUACACUAAACCAUAUCUGCUCCAUCAAGUAGACAGGAGGUGUUAUAUUCUUUUUUCAUCCUCAUACUAAUAUUCAUAAUCAUCUGGCUCAUAAUGAUUCCUUCUGUAAUACAAUUGUUUUUAUAAGAGAGAAUUCACCUAAAGUGAAUUGACUCCCUAUAAUUAGACAUGACUCCACAAUAUUUUUGGAAUUGUAUUUCAAAUCAUAGCCACACAAUUCCUUCAAUAUGAAUUCAAUUCCUUGAAUAUGAAUCUCAAACCAGUAACAAUGGUGGCAGUGAUCCAGGGGGCCAUGUCUGUGAGUGAUGAAUCUACAUAUAAAGUUUCUAUUAUUGUUAUAUGUUGUAUGUUGUAUGUUGUAUAUGUUAUAUGUUAUAUGUAUUAUAUAUUAUAUAUAUUAUAUAUUGUAUAUUGUAUAUUAUGUUAUGUGUUAUAUGUUAUAUAUUUUACAUUUUAUGUGAUAUUAUAUAUAUGAUAUUAUAUAUAUGAUAUUAUAUAUAUGAUAUUAUAUAUUAAUUUUGUUCAUUUUUCAAGAAGGAAGCAAUUGUUUAACAUUUUUAUUUAGUCUGCAUCCAGUAGUUUGUUCUCUUUCAGAGAAACCAAAAAAAAAGCUAAAAAGAAGUAAAGAAAAAUGGAAAGAAGAAAGAAGAAAUUUAAAAAAUAAGGCAAGGCAAGGCAAGGCAAGGCAAGGCAAGGCAUCACUUUCCUUAGCUUUUUAUUCAAUUUUCAGCAAUUUUUUAUUUGACCUUCUUACUUGUGCUGUGAUGAGAUUCUAAAAGGUGCUGAAUCUCUUGAAGGUUGUGCCAUCCUGCAGUUAGUUAAAAAUACCAGUAGAAUGGAUCACUGUCUGUUAUUGAAUGAUCAUUGAAGUGUUGUGCCAUUAAGCAAACUGAAAAAGUGAAAACGUCUAUUUCUAGAAAAGGAAAUGCUUCUGAAAUAAUUCAUAUUCAGAGUUUUUAUCAAAGGAAAAUACACUAAAGUCCAAAUAUAUCUGUUUAUAUUUAAAAGUUUAACUUUUCAAGAUAAGGUUUUGAGACUAGCUUAAUAAGAUUAGUCAAAAGCUAUGUGAAAUUUUUUUUUCAGGUCCACUUAAAUGUUUGGCAAUUUCUUGCUCGUGGAAAUUAUUUCCCUUUCUGAUUUCUCAGUUUGGCCAUCUAAUAAAAAGCAAAACUUACACAAUCUAUUCAAGAGGUUUCAACUCUGUUCUCAGUUAUAGGCAAAGGGUUUGGCACUGGGCAAUAUGGCCUUCAGAGGUCGUUUGGUCAGAGUGCUGGCAUUAUUCUCUUGUGGUUAUUCACAUUGCAGCACUGAUUUCUGUGUUGUCCAGUCAGCCCAUGCCCACAGUCUCCCUUUGGAGAGCAGAGCUAUGUGGGGAUGGGGGGGCAGGAUGAUAUUUACACAGACCUUUCAUGCUCUUAACAGCAGGCAGAACUAGGGAGACAAAACACAGGGUGCUGAGGGUGAACCUCUUUCCCUUCCUGUAGAGUGAGUCCUACCAAAGACCAGAGGUGACUUUGCUGGCAGGUUGUGCAUUUAGGUUAAGUGUUUAACGACCUACAUUUGAUGGAGCUGACGAGUGAGCCUGGGAUUUCCUAGACAGCUCCUAAGCCAGUAAUAAAUUAGUAAGUCUUUCCCCAUUUUCUUGGAUUGUUAGAAAGCUGGAUGAAAAUGUGCAAGCAAUUAUGUCCUUCUGAGCUCUUCAAAUGACUGUACCAUCCACACCCUGUAGCUAAGUCCCUCUCUCUGUCCGUCUGAGAUUGUCAGGGGGGGUGGUUCUUUCUUCCUGAAGCAGAAUGUGUUGUAAGGUCUCCUGGGAUGGCAGAAGCUUCGUGCACACAAUGUGCCUUUGCAGAUAGAACUAAACCUUCCAACUCAGUGAUCUUAUUACACAUAUGUGUGUUUGUUUUAUAGAGGGAUACAGAUGUAUAGGGUAUGCAUAAACAAAUUAGUUUUCCUUAGUAAUGAGCACUGCUUCUGACAGUGCUUUUUUCUUUUGUUUUUAGACUCCAGGAUGUGGCACACUAUAAUGCAUGCUUCUGUGUUGUUGCUGAAAAAAAAACCCCGCUGCAAGCGGGGGUAUUUGUCUACUUUCAAGGGGGGUUGUAGACCAAAUAUGGCCCAGGCCUGUUUGAUAGUUCUCUCGUAAAUGAAAUGAUGAGAAUCCUCUUAUGACUAGGAAACAUUCCAGAGCCGGAGUGUAGGGUUACACAAUGGUACAGUGUCUUGCCCCUGAUUUAUAAUUUGAGAAGCAGAUUGUAUUCAGACAGAAUGUGAGUUGAACAAUGAGGUUUCUAGUCCUGAUCUCAUUAACAGAGAUUUAUACCAAGAGGCUAUUGUAUCUUGUUCUUUUGCUUUGCCAUGCCAGCAAACAUUCAUAAGGUUAUUUAAAAAAGAAAGCUUCUGUCACACACUUGAGUCAGAAAGUUCUCAGGAAAGUAGCUAGUCACAUACAGAGUGGUCUAAAUCUGCACUUAGAUAAGGCUUAACUUUCUGGCCUUAAUAAGUCUCAGAAUGAUUACUUGAUGAAACAUCAUACUCAAGCUUAUUACAUGUAAAGAUUUCUGGAGACAUGGCUUAAAAUGCCUUUUCACAUAUUUAUGUUUGUUCAUGGUUGGGUCCCUCUAAAAUAGCUUAAUAUUUGCAAAUCAUCCAUAAUCACCAAAAGAAUGUUCUUUCAGUGCAGAAAAACCAACAGAAGCAACCAUAACAUCUUGAGAGCUACUUUCCCUCCUGCUGGCCCAGACCCUCUGUGCUGAGAACAUGCUCUGUCAACAGCCAAGCAGUCAUUGUGCAUCCAGAAGAUGUACAGCACAUUAAUUAAUAUUUCAAUAAUGCUGCCAGGCAAUUUGGCCUGAUCACCACUAGAAAGAAAAUGGAGGAUCUUUUCCACACUCACUGUGCUAGAAAAAUAGACUGGCCUGUCUUUAUGUGUUCACAACGCAUCUCUGAAGCCUGCAGACCAAUUCUGCUCAGAGAACCUCAGCAGGAGGCUGUCUCGGACUGUCACAGCAAGACAUGAAGUCAUGCAGAGCACAGCAAAAUCCAGCAUGGCUCUUAGGAGAUUAAAGGGCACUGUAUCUGGAAUACAGGAGGCAUCUGGCUUCAAAGUGCCACACAGCUGUCAUCACCACUUUCUCAUACUCAUGUGAAACAUGGACAGCUUAUCAUUACCACGGCAUGUGACUUCCCAAUUUCACCUGCACUGACUACUGUGCUGUUGCUGGUAUAAAUAAGCACACAGCGCUAUUAGCCUGUUAUUCAUGGUCCUGUCAAAUAUCAAGUGCUGUAGUAAUACUCUUGUGAGCUGUGUUCUCCCAGACAGCUGAUGCACAUGUCAGAUGAGAGGCCCCUCAGUCCCAAAUUUGAUGGCCAGUUUCUACCUAUUAAGCAUCAGAGAGUAGGUGAGGAGACAGGGCAGCAGAAACAGGACAGGCAAACCUUCAGAGGGUAGCCAGGUCCACAUCACACAAAAGUGUUGCUUAAUAGCAUCUCCUGUUGCAAAGAACAUGGAUUGGCAGACUGCACGUAGAGAAACGCUCUGCAGUACAGGGGCAUGGAGUACAGCAGAUGUACAGAUUGACAGCACAGAUUGACACACCUUUGGUGUAUUCAGUUUGUACUGUGACAAUGGGACUCAGUAGAGGCACAAGAGCUGAGCCUCUGCAUGUUGGAUGAACAGCAACAGUCAUCCUUAAAUCCUGUGGUGGAACUGUAGCUGGACCUUCCUUUUGGUCUCUUCUGCCUGAACUCCCAGAAUAGUUUAAAGGAAAUUAUACAACAUCCUCUCAUCAACUCCUGGCGUCAGUGUUACAGAAGCGUUGCACAGAAUUUUUUACCUUAAUUUUUCCAACACAUUUUGAAAUGGAUUCAGGUUAUCUUAGCUUCCUAUCAUGUACCUUUGCUCUCUGGUAAGCCUGGGGAAAUAGGAACAUGUUGCUCACUUUUUCUGUGCCCUUCAAUGUUUUGCAAGUUUUUCUAGAGUAGUUCAGACUGUACUGCAGUAGCAGCUUGUCUAUCAGUGACUUAUCACUGAAUGCCAGACAGGCCAAAUAUGGAAUACUUAGGAUAGGAAAGAAUGACAUUUUCUAGGCAAUAUGUGAAUGAUAAGCCUUAACUAACUUUGGCAGUCUUAUGCUUAAUCCAUACCUUUUUUCCCUUGGCUGAAUGUUUGGUGUUAAGUGAUAGAAAAAGGUGACAUUUUCCUUCUUUUUUCCCCCUCCAAAUGUUUUAACUAUUCUUUAUCUCCUUUAUUUAUGCUUCCUUUCUUAUGAAGAGCUGGAGAGACAAUCCCAACAGUUUGUUUUAUUCCAGUUCUUCUGUCAAAGGGCAAUGAUCUGACAAGGCAGUGCUUAAAGCAAUGAAUCCUAUGUUAAAUCUUCACAACAACAAAAAAAAGUUUUCAAUUGCCUUCUGUGUUUACCUUCUUGUUCUCAUCACCAUUCACAGCCAGUGCAGUGCUCACAGCAGGAUCACCCAGCCUCCCCUCUGAAAAUGCCUUUUCAAUGUUUCUGAGGACCUAGCCCCAGAGUAAGAAAAGCAGGGCUGAGGUCAAGCAGGAGAACUCUAGGAGAAAGUUUCUGUCCUCAGCUUUGGAGACAAACUCCACAAUAUGUCUUCUUAAAUCAUAUUUUUGUAUUCAUGCAGUCAGUAUGAAAAAGCCAUGUUAUUAUAUCCCCAUACUUUGAUUUUGAAAAAAGGUAAACUUGAUAUAAAGGGUCCUGCUGGUAAUAGCAAACGAUGGCAAACUCCCUGUCUGAAGAUUAGACCCCUGCACAAUAGGCUACCAGGGCCAGCUCCUCCACCCUUUGCCUUGCUCAGAAAUGUGUGUUCCACAUUAGCUGCACUUGUUACGUGUCCUCCAUGGGUACCUCAUUUUUCCCAGCACUCAGAGACAAGUAGAUUUGGAGUCUCAAAUGCCUUGGACCAAUGAUUUAUGCUGGGUAGUCUGUUAACUCAAAGUAGUAGCAUUUCUGUUCAUGGGUUAGUACCAAACUUCGGGUAUGGAUUAGGUACUGGGCCUGUGUCCUGACCUUGUGUAUCCCUUAAGAUACAUGCACAUCAUUCUGAAUCUUCCAGAGGCUAAUACCCUUUGGGGAACUAAAUCAUUAGUCCUGGCUUCUAGUCACUCUAAAAUAGAUAAAUAGAUAGACCAAUAGUCAUAGCAGCUGUGCUGGCUCAUUAUCUCAAUGAAUUAGGAGAGGGAAUAGGAAUAUAAAAGACUUCUCCCUGUUCUCAACCCUGUUGAGGUUAUAUUCCAAUCUUAUAAAUGAAUAUCUGUGUCCUGACUCUGAGUCCUGCUUUUGCAGUGGUACAACCACAUGGUCCAAUCUCAGUGCCCUUGAACCCCUAUGAGGGCCCUUGCUCACAAGCUCUGAUAGCUCAUGUUAAAAUCACAGUGUCAUUUAGGUUAAAAAAAAACCCUUAACCUUAUUGAGUCAAACCACUGAGCCACUUGAGGUGUCACAGACCCAAUCUGCCCAUCCUUCCCUCUGUAGAUUUGCAUCCCCAUGGCUCAGCUGUACUCCACAGCCUUAAAACAUGUUAAUGAACACCCAGGGCUGGGACCUGAGACACCUCAGGGCAUUGACUCAUGAGCCUUGUCAUGGACAGCACGGAAGUAAAACAAGUGUUUUCCAGGCUGUCCUCAAGGGCUGUUACAUAGGGGACAUUCAAAGAAGAAAUAAUUGGUUAGAAAACACAUACUUGCAAAAGAAAGAACCCCUAUAUUGUCUCAGUACCCACCCACCUUCUCCUUUUUUCAGGGAUCUGGUAGAUGUUUUAUGGUCUUCUGCCACGAGUGGACAACAGGAAAGGAUAGGAAAUGGCACUAUAACAAUAAACACUACACAGGGACCAUUUCCAACAAGGAAACUGCUCCUGGCACUGCAUGACACACAGUGGCUACACAGAUACAUAAAUGGUGGCUACACAGAUUAAUAUCUCCAGGAUUUAUGAUUGCAGCUAAAAUAUUAAAGUAUUCCUGUUUUCUUCUCAGUUUAGUCCUAUUUUAAACCUUUUUUCUCUGUUUGUGCCACUAAAUCUGCUGCCAUAUCAAUACCUAAGGAAAAUGGUUGCUGGGCCAGAAGCUUCUGGAUCCAAGCUUUGGCAGGCUGCAAAGGAAGAGAGGAAAGGAAAAUGAGUUUCAAAUUCAGCAGCUAUGGCAUUACCAUUCCCAGGAGACCGUGCGGCAAGGUGCAAAGCUUGCCAAAAGCCAUUUGGGUACACAUGGUAAUUUGAACAGCAAGAUCUACUGAACUGUCUCCAGCGCAGCAGUGGUCUAAGUCUAUUACAUACUGAUCAUAUAGGUCCAAUGCAACUGUCCUUUGUGCAUAUGAGUUGGAGAGAGCAUAUUGCCCCUAGUUUUGUUUUACUUUUUAUCAGCACUUGUAGCAGACUGUCUUAUCUCUUCUUUCACCUAAGAAAGCUGUGGGAUACAUGCCAUUUGAGAGAUUUUGUACAAAUAUCAUAAAAUUGAAGAAUCAUGGAAUAGUUUGGAUUGGAAGGAGCCUUAAAGACCACCUAGCUCCAAACUUCCUGCCGUGGGCAGGAAACCUUCCACUAGACCAGGUUACUCAAAGCCCCAUCCCAAGUGGCAUUUGACACUUCCAGGGAUGGGGAGUCCACAACCACUCUGGGCAACCUGUGCAAGUGCCUUACCACCAUCACAGUAGAGAUUAUUUUUCCUAAUAUUUAAUCUAAACAUUGCACUCCUUCAACUUAAGGCCAUUUCUUUUUCUCUUAUGGCUGCCUAUGGCUGAAUAGCCUUGUGAAAAUUUCCUCUCCAGACAGCUUAUAAAUCUCCAUAAUUUGCAUUAUAGCAACUCAAAUGAUAAGAUCAUCAUCAGGACAAGCUUUGCCUGAAUAUCAUACAGAAAACUGUGCUGAAAUUGUUUUAAGAGUGGCUCGUUUCCACUCCUCAUCCAAUAUUAAAAAACGUUGAGACCAGUUCUAAGUUGUUCUGAAUCAGCCUUUAACGGAGGAACAGAGACCCCACACAAAAGAAAUAUGUACUUUCGAUCCAAUACCAGCACAGUGUGAAGAAAGUCAGUACCAUCUUCCUGCAGAAUGCCUAGUGGCUCUGUUUUCUGAGGUCUGGUUAUCUGGGCUCAGUUUUUCCAAGAGAAGUAAAUACUUUCAUCUAUCUUUUCAAGUGGCCUUUGUUGGCUAGUAAGAUUUGCAUAAACAGGCAACUCCAGCAAAACAUAUUUCAAGUUCCCUAUUGGUCAAAGAUUGCUAACCGAAACUAUAUGCAAGACAAAAUCUCUUGAUUAAAAGUUUUGAUGAGGGAGAUUAUUAUGAGACACUAUAUUCAAUUUAUGUAAGUAUGAUUAUAUUCUAAAACAGUCAGAUAAAAUAGAUCAGAUGUCAUUUGGAGAGUCAGAUAUCCCUACUAAUUCAGUAUGCUGAUAACUUAGACUCUGUUACUCACAGGUUUUUUAAACAUUGGGGGUCUAUACCACAUGGAGGGUAGCAUUAUAGAAGAUACUUUUCAAUAUUCUUAUUAUAUCAAAACACGUAAUAAUAGUGUCUAUAUACAAAAUUGUAUAUAGUGUAUAUAUAUACUAAAUAAUAUAAUGUAUAUAUACUAAAUUGUAUAGCUCUAUUAUAUGUUGCUAAAAACAUCAUUGCACAUUUAUAUGGGGUCUUCUGCAACAUGGGAAGCCAAGGAAAAGUUUGAGUUUUGUGGCUUGUUGCAUGGAGCUAGGAGUAUAGACAACAUAGGAGACUACUUUUCUUUUGAAUGUAGAAGCAAGAUGAUUCUGAAAAGUGGCACUAUUGUCUGCAAAGUACUUUAAUUUGGAUUUUGUGCUAUUGAUAAAAAUCCAAAUUAAAAACAAAUAUGUUGCAAUUAAAUCCUUAUCAGAAGUGCUUUUUUAUUCUGUUUUUUCCUUCAAUUUGAAAGGCGAGAAGGUGAAAUUAAGUAUUCAAUAUACUGAGAUGAAUAAUUGUUUGUACAAUGUUAUAAUAGUCCAAGUAAGGGACAGGGUUCAAAGUUCCCACUCAUUUUAAUGGAAAUUAUGUGUCCACAUUUUUUUGAAAGUUUUUUAAAUCUCAGGUAUGGUUUAUUAAUCAGGCACAAACGCAUGUGAAUGGCACCUGAAAAGAGUAAUAAAUGCACAGAGCACAUUGCAACAAAUUGAGGUGAAUCCAAUAAUCCAAUGGCAAUGUUUGGUUCAGUUCCUGAAUACCAAAGUGUAAAUCCUUUACAGAAAUUUUGCAGAAAACACUUUAAAAGACAAUAUAACUCUGAAAAUCAUCCAGAUUUUCUCAGUCAAAAUUCUUGUUUAGUGAUACAUAGCUGUCAGCCACAUUACCCUACUCCUGAGAGCUGACCACAAACACACAGCUUUGUGGCAGACCUGAACAGUCCUAUCAAUUUAGCUUGGCCCUGCAUACAACAUCUGGCCCAUAAUUAAUACAGCAUUUUAAGAUCCAUCUGGUACUAUAAAAUGCAAGAUAUAUUAAACCAAAUGAGUCUAAAAGUUACUGGGUUGGGCUUUUUUUAUUUCUUCUGGAGAAAAAAAACUCUGAGGGGUUAGGGAAGAUGGAGUUAUUAAUAUAUUUGAAAAAGCCAGAGUACUAAAUUUGACAUCUCUGCCAAUUCCUCAGAUCUCUUUUGUCCUUAAUAAGACAGUGCUCACACAUUAGCCUGUGGGGUAUCAGAUGGCCCUUUUGUGCUUAUUCAUCUCUCAUAAAGAACGCGACUCCUGUGGCCGCUCGUGUUUCCUUUGGCAGCUGAGAAGCCGGAGAUUUACCACGCUGUAAAUCUGCAGCUGCAGCAGGGCCCAGGUCCCACCAGGUCCGUGGCCACUGUGUUUGCUGUGUGCUGAGGAGGGCCCCAAGCUGCCCCCCUUCCCCGGGCCACCGCGUGUCACCUACUCCCCACUGAGCUCUGCACUCCUACCCCUCACUGCCUGAGCACACACUGGGGGGACUGUGCGUGAGCAAAAGCUAGGCCUUGAUAGACUACUUCUGCUGUGUAUGGAUUUAUUCAGAAAGGGUGAAGAAAGUGUAACAACUAAUUGUACGGCACCAUUGUAGACUGAGGAAUUAUAAGUAUAAUAAAUAUAAAUAUAUCUCCUAUAAAUGUGAAGAAAUUACGUAUGAGAAUAUUGCCAAGUGCUUGGAAAUUUUAAGGUAUGAUCCCCCUGUUCUUAAUAUAUCUGAAAUAGGUCAGAUGAAUGAGUCCCUAAACAUAUUUGUUUCUAAUGACUUGAAAAAGAGGUUACAGAUGAGCUCAGCCAUAAGCACCGUGUAGAAGUUGGGUGACACGUAUGCUGACUUGGCAGACUUAGAAGAGGUCUACUGACUUUUUCUCUUCACUUUCUCUCUUGGAAUAUUGUGCUGGUUUUUAAAAAAUAGAUCUCAAGCUGAGAUGACCAAAGUUGGUUAUAAAAGGACAUAUAACAUGCAAGCACAAUGAUCACCAAUGCAUAUGCACCUGUGACACAUCCUGUGCCAAACUGAACAUCUUCCUGUAGACAAAACUUUGUUCAGUUGCAGCCAAUUCUCCUUCAUCCAAGUAACUUCAGUGUUGGAAUUCCAAAAAUAAAUGAGAAAUUGUGUUGCCAAACCUGAAAUGAGAAAAUUUGAGAUAUCUGCAUCCUAAUUCCUGAUGUGUCCAGUGCAACUGGCACCCUGGGUGUUCAGAAGCUAAGCUGGCUUUGCAUGGAUCAGUUUGGCUGUAUUUGUCAGUAAAUAAAAUAGAUCAGAGCCAGUCCUCUGGCCCCCAAAGCAAGUGACACACUACAGCUUGCAACCACACAGCUAACCUCUCCUUUCACCUAGAGCAGGUGGCUUUAUCAAUGUUGCAUUGGGGAAGAGUCCCAGGACUGUGCCACCAGUUAAAGUAUACAGACAAUCAGUAGGUCAGUGCCUAAACACAUUUCCUCUAAUCCCACAUGUUUCCAGUGUAGCUAUAGUGGCAGUUUAAGAGUCUAAUAAAAUACAGAGGCUCAGACAUUCUGCCGAAUGAAUGUGGAUUACAGUUUCCAUCAGUCAGCCAGAUCUUAUGUCUGUGCCUGGGACAUGGUUUAACCUCCACAAAGCUAUCUGGCCAUCAAUAAGGGACAAUUGGCUGUAUUUUCAAUAUCAUAUCAUGUUGUGAGCAGAUCAAGGGAAAUCAAUAUAUUGCAGUAGGAUGUUCAAUAUUUACUGUUAGUGGAGUUGAAUAUUACACCUUCCUGUUCUCUAGACUCAAGCUUUUAGGGCAGAGUUUUCAAUAUUACCUAAAUAUUCUUUCCAAUUCAACCUAACCAACCCCACUACAAAAGUUGGAGUUACUUUAGAUGGAAGAUUCAACACAAAGGAAAAAUGUUAUUUCAAAUUUAGUAAACACAAAGUGUAUCUAUACUAUCUUGCUGGUGUCUGCUGGAUUUUUCUGCCUGUUAUCUCCUGAUUGUUCACGCUACUUGAGAGUUAGUUCACCCCCAAGCUUAAUUCUGGAGAAAGGUUAGUUGUUUAUGGGCUGGGAAGAACUAGGCAGAGAGCAGGAGAUAGUGUGUGCCAGUGUCCCACCCCCACACUGCACGAAGAUACAGUGUGUGACUCAUGUCGGGUUUGGCUUCUCCCAGACUAACCAGUAUUUCAGAUGGCCUCAUGUCCUAAGCCACCCUUGGUGUUACACAACAAAAAGACAUAUCUGGCAGCCUGCAAAGCAGCUUCCCAACAGCAGCCCAGGGCAACAUCUUAAAAGGACCACAGCCAAAUCAAAGUCUCCAUUGUUGGGAAGAUUUCUUAGCAGUAUUUUAUUAUACUGGGUGUCAUAGCACAGUCUGGUUUUAUGCAAAGAGGAGUAGAGCUAGUUUUAUUCCAUAGAUCUCUCUGUAUGUCCAUGUAUAUGCAUAUGAAUUUUGUCUCCCAGCUGUGUUUGUGUGUACGUACAUGCAGGAGGGGUAACCAACCCUUGGGUGCAGGCAGGCACAGCUGUCUAGGCUGUACCAACGUACAUGUGAUCCUUGUAAGCCCAGCUUUCAACAGAAUUCUUUGUGAUUCCUGAUUGCUCUGGCCAUGAUCUUGAGAAGCAGGUCUCUACUUUGCUGCUCCAGACAUGAAUACCCCUGAAAGUCUCCAGGAGGAGCCUUCUUUCUAGGCUCUGCCAUGUACCCCUACAGACUCAGGGAACAGGCUUCCCAGGGCAGCGGUCACAGCACCAGCCUGACAGAGUUCAAGAAGUGUUUGGACAAUGCUCUCAGGCACACGGUGUGAUUCCUGGGAACGGUCCUGUGCAGGAUAAGGAGUCGGUUGGAUGGAUGCACUAUCACUGGUUCUCCAGUCGCUUGUUUAUAAAUUUUCACACACUGGUUAUCUUUUUCUUUAGGGAAUAUCUAUACUGCCAAACCAAAGGGGACAGGUAAUGAGCUCAGGCAUUCACACUUACUGUCCCACUGCUUAAUUCUUACUGUUCUCCUUGACUCUGUUUUGGAGCCCUUCAGCUGCCACUGAGAGAAGCCAGUUUUGAUGGAGCUGACCCUGUGGAGUGUGGACACAAGCCAGUCAGUGCUAUUCAGCUUGAAGGCUUGAAUCAACUCAGCAGUAUAAACACAGCCAAACAGUCUGUAUGGUCAAUGAGAUGAAAAGGAGCAAACAAUUCUGAUUCCGUUUAAUGCCAAUUUACGGCUCUUAACAUUGCCUUUCCCACAAAUCAAGCAAUUGUAUUGUCUAGCUGAGGGCUUUUGUCCAAUGACAGGAUGAGAGUCUGAGAAAUCUGUCUGUUCUGAUAAUGUUGCAGAGAGUGUUCACAUUUACUAUCAAGGCUUCACUAGGACAUAGUCAACAUGUUGAUUUUGCUAAAAUAAAUGUCUGGAAUAAAGGAAGACACUAAAAAUAAACAUGAUCCUAGGAAGGGCACUCACUUUAUUUUUGCCCAGAGAGGAAGAGGUGCAGCUUGCCAGCCUUUUAAGUUGGUUGCUAACCAAAUAAUAAACAGGAAUAAGAUAAUUCUGACUAUGUUUUCAAUUACCUUAGGGAAUUUGAUGCCAAAGAGUUUGAAGUUUUUCUGUUAACAUCUGAAUACUUCUAUGCAGGGGCCACCUUACAUAUAUAUGAUGACCUUCAGUGCUUCCAAUGUAAUCAAAUUUCUUUUACAGAUUCAUAGAAUAAUUUGGGUUGCAAAUGACCUUUAAAGGUCAUUGUACUGGUUUUGGCUGAGAUAGAGUUAUUUUUUUCAUAGUUGGCUUGAAUGGGACUGUGCUUUGGAUUUAUGCUGAAAAGUCUGUUGAUAAUAUAGAGAUGUUUUCAUUGUAGCUGAGAAGGGCUUAUGGAGUCAAGGCCUUUUCUGCUCCUCACCCCAUUCCACCAAUGAGGAUGCUCAGGGUGCACAAGGGGUUUAGAGGGGACACAGUCAGAACAGCUGCCUCCAACUGCCCAAGGGAUAUUCCAGACCAAAUGGCAUUAUGCUCAGUAUGUAAAGUGGGGAGAAGAAGAAGGAAGGGCUGGAAUGUCAAAGUAAUGUUUGUGUUCCCAAGUAACUGUUACACACAAUGGAGCAAUGCUUUUCUGGAGACGACUGAACACCUGCGUGUCCAUGGUAAAUGGUGAAUUAAUUCCUUGUUUUGCUUUGCUUGUAUGUGUGGCUUUGCUUUUCAUAUUAAACUGCCUUUGAAUUAA